AUGAGUAUAGCUGCAUAUGCGUAUGAAGCUGACAGAGCUAAACGUUUAUAUUUUGGUCAAUACUCUCUCACACUUACUGACAAAUAUAUUGUUAUCAGUGAUGGAAAUACCGAGAAAUACAUAACAUGGAAGGACUAUGAAAAGUUUGACCCUAUUUUAACUCCAUGUACAAUGCCAUUCAUUGUAAAUGGUGAAGUUGUCAUGAAGAACGACACAACAGUAUAUAAGUCUGUAUAUGAAGCAUUAGAAUAUAUGUUGAAUUAUAAUCCCGAAAGAUUUGACCCAAGCACUACACCAUGUGCAAUGCCUUUUAUUAAGGACGGUGAAAUCGUAAGAGUUCCGGAUUCAACGGUUUAUACUGCUGUUCAAAACAGUUUACAAAACAUUUUAGCGAAUAUCUUUAAUUCAGAAACUACAGAAAUAAAAUUACCAUAUAUAACAGAUGCUAAAGAAAUUAAAUCAAAAACGACAACAUUAUUUACGUCACUUAAUGAUUUAAUGACUUAUAUCAUUAAUAUUCCUGCACCAACUACAGCAUUUGAUCCAAACU